AUGAAGCAAAAGAAAUCGAAAAAUGUAAACAAUAACGCAGCUACAUCAAAUGCAAUUGAAUCCUACACAACAGAAGAGGAAUAUUAUGGUGUAAAUCAAGUUAUCGAUAUUUAUGAGCAAAGUGCUGCAAAAAGUUCAUCUAUAGAUGCAGAAAAAUUUUAUACAGAUGUUUUAAUUAAUGGAAGAAAACAAAACUUCGAAGUUGACUCAGGUGCCGGCUACACGUUGCUGCCGGAAAAUCAAUUUAUGAAAUCAAAUAUCAAGACACCGCUAAGAAAAACAAAUAUUGCUUUCCGAGUCUAUACAGAUGAUCUUUUUGUGCCAAUUGGAGUCGUAACUGUGGACGUAAGUUACAAAAAUAGAAAAUCCAAAGAAGACUUGUAUAUUGUGUCAUCAAAACGUACCGCAUUAUUAGGUCGUGUAUGGAUACGUCAUUUAAAAAUUAAUCUACACGAAAUCGAUAAAGACAGUUCUAAAAAUGAUACUAGCAACAACAACAUAAAUUCUAUAUCGGAAAUCGAGCAGCAAUUUUCAGAAAUUUUCGAAGAAAGAGUCGGUAGCAUUCCGGACUUGGUCUGUAGUCUAAAAUUACGACAGGGAGCAAAACCCGUGUUCUUAAAAGAAAGGCAGGUUCCUUUUGCGCUACGCGAAAAAGUGGAACAUGAGCUUGAUAAUUUGGAGCGAGACGGUAUAAUUACAAAAGUUAAUACAAGCAAUUGGGGUUCACCAUUGGUGGUAAUACCAAAACCUGACGGUAACGUGCGACUAUGCGUGGACUACAAAGUAGCUGUUAAUCCUCAACUGGAAGUCGCACAUUAUCCAAUCAAAAGAGUCGACGAAAUUUUCAACACAUUAAAGAACUCAAAAUAUUUUUGUAAACUAGACUUAUACAAGGCGUAUCUUCACGUACGAGUGGAUGACGAUAGCAAAGAAGUGCAAACUAUUUCAACACACCGAGCUAUGACAUCAGCAAGACUACUGCGUUACGCCUCAUUCUUACAAGGAUUCAACUACAAGAUUCAACAUCGUAUAGCUGAAGAUAAUGUGAACGUAGAUGUUUAUCGAGAGCACCCAUCAAGGAAAUACCAACGUUUAAACGUUUUUUGGACGAAGAGAACGUGA